GCCGGCUGCACCCUGAGCGACUCGUUUAACAAGUGAAAAGUGGAAGUCAACCUCCCUUAGAGGUGACAUUCAGCCCCUUUCACGUGCACAGUGCGUCCCUGCACCGGUGUUUCUGGUACGAUUCGAACGAAUUAGAAAGGAGUGCGUCUGUGCGUGAUGGUGUCUCAUCGACCCAUGCAGUGUGCACUCAUCGGAUCAUGACCGAGAUUUGCUGUUCUGAGGCUUUAUAAAGCUCGACCGGUCUCACAUACACAUUCGAGCUUGCGGUCGUGUGCUAUCGUCUUUUCGCCAUCCUUCGAGUGAAACUCUUGUCUUUUCUCUUUUACACCGCGUCCAGCACAUCGGCCCCAUCGUUCUUGCGGCCGACUGACAGAGUUGACGGGAUCUACGCUUUUUUGGGUUUUCAACUACGCCGAUCUUCUUCGACAGCUCGGAUUCUCAACAUCUUCGCAUUCCCAAUCUCAGAAGGAAGAGGGAUCGCGUACAUAAGCCGCUUCGCUCACUCAAAUUUGACUAUGGCGCUUCCUGUUCGGGCGUCACGCGGGCUGUCUUCUACCUUCUUACGGCGUCGGACGACAUGCUCAGGCUCAGGAUGUACGGAUGCUGGGAAGAUGGUCGGUGAAUCGACGUUGGGACGGGAGUCAUCGGGGAGAGGAGUGGGUACAAGAGAGACUCGGAGGUGGAUGAGCGUGAGGCCAGCGGUCAAUCCAGGCUCAUCACAAAGUGCUAUUUCGUCGAGUUCUCCCACACCACCGCGGCGUAAGAAGGUGACAAUUCAGUCGUUGCAUUCGAUGCGAGAAAAAGGCAUACCUAUAACGAUGCUCACCGCAUACGACUACCCGACCGCCCUCGCACUUUCCACCGCCCGAAUACCUCCACCCUCAUCUCCAUACCCCUCUUCAUCUUCGUCCCCACCUAUCUCUUCACCACAAAUACCGCACCACCAAGCCACAAUUGACAUCUGCCUCGUCGGCGACUCCCUCGCACAAGUCGCUCUUGGUCUCCCAUCCACAACCCUCCUCACGCUCGAUGAAAUGAUCCACCACUGUCGAGCCGUCUCCCGCGGUCUCUCUCACCCACACUCCACCAAACCUUUCUUCCUCGCUGACCUUCCCUUCGGCACAUAUCAGACCUCACCAGAAGACGCGAUUCGGAAUGCUAUCCGUCUGGUGAAGGAGGGUGGCGUGGAGGGUGUGAAGAUGGAGGGUGGCGAGGAGUUGGUGGAAACGGUGAGGAGGAUGACGAGUGUUGGGAUUCCGGUGAUGGCGCAUGUGGGGUUGCUGCCGCAGAGACACGUUGCGUUGAGUGGGUAUCGUGUGCAGGGGAGAGAUGCGAAGUCUGCGAAGGGAAUAUUGGAUGCCGCUCUUGCAUUGGAAGAGGCAGGAGCGUUCGCGAUGGUGUUGGAGGCGAUUCCGACGAGGUUGGGAGAGUAUAUCACGAAGAGGGUGGGGGUGCCGACGAUUGGGAUUGGAGCGGGGAAGGGGACGAAUGGACAGGUGCUAGUGUGGGACGAUGCGAUGGGGAGGUGGGAGGGUAAGAAGGCGAAGUUUGUGAGGAGGUUUGCACAGGUUGGGGAGAGGGAAACGGAGGGCGUAGGGGAGUAUGCGAGAGCGGUGAAGGAGGGGAGUUUCCCGAGUCGAGAGGAAAGCUACGAAAUGCCCGAAGAAGAAUUUCAGAGGUUGUUGGCAGAGGUCGGAGAAGCUGAGGCUCAGCCUGAGUCGCGGUAGAUCUGAUAAGAUGUUGGUCUACAUAGGUCUUCGUGUUGGUAAAUAGUUUAGAAGGGG